UUUCUGUUGUGGUCGUGACCGUGAAAGGAAGGCCAAGGACAUUCGGGCCCAGUGUCAGUGUCAUCAUCUUCACAAACUACUUCUCGUAGGUUGUAUUAUCGCGGAAAAGGUAGUUGCCGAUAUUGAGCAGCUCUUUCCUGAAGGAAAAGGUACUACUACAUUUUAUCCAAAUAACGAAUCAUCUCCCCGUACAGACCUAUCGAAUAUUCUAGUCUAAAAUGUGGUGGAUCCUUCAGGCGUGUCUAUUUCUCUCGCUCUACGGCUGUUUGAGUCAAACCGUCGACUCCGAAACCGAUAUCGUUAAUUCACCGGAAAAUGCGGCGCCGCCUCCACCGUCUCCGCUCGACGAUUGUGAUCCGGAAAUGAUCGGAUUCGAAUUAAUAACCGGUAACGUGUUUUCGGCACCCGGAUACGUUUUGGAUUCCAUACCGGGAACGUUAAUGUUGACCGAUUGUUUAGAAACCUGUCAAGGAAACGAAAGCUGUCAAAGCAUCAAUUACGAAACGGGAUUAUGCGUGUUAUUCAGUUCGACAGCUGACGCCUUACCCGGUGCCUUGACUCGUUCCCAAUUUCCGGUAUUUACCAUUUACGCCCAAAAAAGUUGUCUUGGAGUGAAGCCUUGCGAAAGAGCUUGGUGCAUAGAUCGCGUCCAAAACCAUCGAUUAAUCGGUUAUGUUAAUAGUCAGCACGCCGUUGGAUCCCGCCAAGAAUGUCUCGAAUUGUGUUUAGGAGAAAACGAAUUUUCUUGCAGAUCGGCCAAUUACAACAACGUUUCCGGAAUAUGCGAACUAUCGAAAAUGGACCGUAUGACGGUAGCUGGUAGUACUGCGUUCCAACCAUCGGACGAUUACGAAUACAUGGAGAACAAUUGCAUAGACGAACCCACCAAAUUAUGCGAAUUCAAAAAAUUAUCCGGUCGUAUUUUGAAAACCGUUGAUUCCGUUUACCAAGACGUCGGAUCGGCGGACGAAUGCAGGGAAUUGUGUUUGAACAGUCCUUACAGAUGUCAUUCGUACGAUUACGGCGAUACCGGCGAAAUGGUAUGCAGAUUGAGCCAUCAUUCCAGAGCAACUCUAUCCGAUAUCCAGGAACCUUACUUAGAAGUACCGGAAGCAGCUACAUACGAAUUAAGUUCCUGCUACAACGUCAGCAUCGAUUGCAGAUCCGGAGACAUGAUAGCGCGUAUCCAAACCAGUAAACUCUUCGACGGUAAAAUCUACGCUAAGGGCAGCCCGAAUUCGUGCGUCAGAGACGUUAACAACAGUCUGGAAUUCGAACUCAACAUGCCCUACGACAAUUUAGAAUGUAACGUUAGGAAAAACGGUUUGGGAAGAUACAUCAACGACGUCGUCAUUCAACAUCACGAUAAAAUCGUAACCAGUAGCGAUUUGGGAUUGGCAGUUACCUGCCAAUAUGAUUUGACCAAUAAAAGCGUUACCAACGAAGUGGAUUUGGGAGUCGUCGGUGAUAUUACUCCGGCGCUUUCCGAAGAGGUAACCGUCGAUUCCCCGAACGUGGCGAUGAAAAUAACCAACCGAAACGGAGAAGAUAUCAUGCAAUCGGCCGAAGUGGGAGAUCCUUUGGCGCUAAAAUUCGAAAUCAUGGACAAAAACAGUCCGUACGAAAUUUUCGUUAGAGAAUUAGUUGCCAUGGACGGCGUAGAUUCGAGCGAAAUUAUUUUAAUCGACGCCGACGGUUGCCCCACCGAUCAUUUCAUCAUGGGACCCAUCUACAAAUCCGCAUCUACGGGAAAAAUUUUGCUUUCUCAUUUCGACGCAUUCAAAUUCCCUUCGUCGGAAGUGGUACAAUUCAGAGCUUUAGUGACUCCUUGCAUGCCGACCUGCGAGCCCGUUCAAUGCGACGAAGAAGAACCGAACGGCGAACUACGUUCCGUCAUUUCGUACGGUAAACGCCGGAGACGUCGUUCGACAACUUCGGCCCAAGAAGAUUUAUUAUUGGUGCAAUCCAUACAGAUCACGGAUAAAUUCGGUUUCGAUAAAAACGCCAACAAAACGUCCGACAGCGAAGCCGUUUAUAUUCAAAACGAAGGAGGUUUCUGUAUAAACUUGGCUGGACUUAUCGUGGCGGCGACCGUUUUCUUAUCGACGCAAUUAGCCGUCAUCGCCGCUUGGACCUUCAUCUGGCAACGUAGGAAGCUGGUUAACAAAUUAGACGACAAUUUAUCGGUUAGUGUCAGUUUACCGUCUCAAUUUGGUAGUAACCGCGCCGAUAGUCUUUGCAAGUUGUAUGAUACCAACGCUUAUAAUCAUUCUCGCAGAUUCUAGACCAUCGAAAUUUGAAUAUGUCGUUAGAUCGAUUCCUUUAUUACGAUUUUUACAAAUUCUAGCCUAAGAUCUCGCGCCUUUUUCCUGGCCUAUGGAAUUCGCAGUGAGACCUCUUCAGAAAUCUCAGAAAACCCCAAUUCUGCUACUCAUAUUCAGCGCCUUGAGCUAGCACUUCUCCAAGCUGAUGGUACGGCCGUACUUCAGUACCAGGAUAUCCCGAAAUUGGCCUGCAGAUAGUCUUGGGAUUAUAGUCAACAGCUGCAAAGCUAAAGACUUUUCCCCUUUCUCUAGUCGCCGUCUUCUUCAUUUAGCUUCCUGACCUCUUCCUCUACAUCGUGGUUAACAGUGUACCUUCAGGAUUAUCACUUUAUUCCUCUUACGGUGCCUGAUUCUUAACGAAUAUUGCCAUCAAGGUCAAGUAUUAGGUCUUUUUCCAAAUAUUUUGGCUGAUCUUGAGUAUUCGUCUAUAAAACCACUCAGAUCUUUGUCUGGACUGAAUUCCUUGAAACUGGACAGAGAAAACGUACGAUCUCAUUGAAUUUCCAAGAGAGUUUUGCCUUUUUGACGUUGAUAUUCGGUGUGUAUUGUCGUACAGCGACGAGGUUUUGUAAACAGCAAAUACAAAGGUGUCAUCCGCAUAUUUGGUGUUCUUUAAUCUGUUUCAUAUAGCACAAGAUGAGUCAAGACAAAUAUGCAGCUUUGAAGGAUUCCUCUGUGUAUUCUCCUGCGAUUCUAAAGCUUGCGAAUUGGUUCCAGUAGAGGUUUCCAAUUAUUUCUUGGGUCCUUUAGUUUUAAUUCAGGUAUAACCAUCAUUUUUCCAUGUUUUAUUACAUUUGGUGCUUUUUCGUAGUAGGAUUACUGCUAAUAAACCUAAUUGCUUGCAUCCACACUCUCUUUGUCGUCCAUUUUUGACUUUGUCGCGUAUUAGUCCUAGUUUCUUAACGAUUUAGUUUAACUUUUCUUUAGGAACACUUUUUAACUGAAGAAUUAACUAUUUUCAAUAACGUAUCUCAGUUUAAAUCCCACAUGGCGCCUUUCAAAAACAAGUUGAAUAAUUAUGGAUUAGUCUGGGGAGAAAAUGAUACACAAGCGCCUUCACUAUAUCGUUAUAACAUUUUUUAUUCGAAUUUUCAAUGUCUAUUGUAAUAUUUUUUGGCGCGAAAAAAUCUGUAGCCGUUUUAUAUUGAAAAUAAUUCACCGCGCAUUGUUUUUACCGCGAAAUCAACUACACUAAUGACAUAUUCAAAAAUACGAUAAUAAAGUUCCAUUAAUGAUAAUAAUAAAAGGAUCAAAUUCUUUUACCUGUACUUAUACUUACAAGACGAAACUAUUUUAGUUUUUCAAAAAGGUCGUCACGUGCAAUAAUAAAUCAAUAAUUUUUCGUUAUAUUUUUUUUUAAGUGACGGAUCUCUUUGAUUAACUUUUUUUCUCAAAUUUUAUGCAUCAACUAUUUUAUGCUAUAUUUUAAGCUCAAACAAUUUUAUAAACGAUUAAAUUAAGCUAUGUUUUAAUAUAUAUAGUGACGUUAUCUUUCUUGAUCUCUUUGGUAUAUUGCAAAAAUUCGCUUUUUAUGGAUAAUUUGGUUCGGGUAUUCUAUUUAUGUCAGAUAACGUUACUAAAUUUUCUUUGACUUGUCUAAAAUUAUAAAUUCCUCAUUAAAAGGAAGUUAUUUCGUUCGGAAUAGUAAUUUUAGUCAAAUCUUAUAAUAUCUUUUGCCCGUAUUUUACAAAAUAAUCAUAGGAUGUACUCAUAUUUGAUAUUUAAAUCAUCGAUAACCCAAUUGCCCUCAUUUCCCCUAAUUUGUCUAAUGAAUAUUGGUUUCAAUGAAAAUUUACUCCUAUUACCCCCAAAUAUUAUUUUCAAAUAUCAUAUUUUCCGCUCAAUUCUAUAAAAUAUUCUAAAAUGAUAUUCAAAUUAAUUCUGAUUGUCUUGAUCACUUCAAUUUAUGCAAGUUAACCAAAAAAUACGUUUUUACAUUUCGACAAUAAAUGAAAUUUCUAAAUAUAAAAUGAACUUUAAUUUUCAUUGAAAGUUAAGUUUCGAAAUUUGCCCCUAUUUCCCCUAAACAUCUUCAAUUGAAUGGUUAACUAGUUCAUUUAACUUACACUUUAUAUUCUACCUUCUAUUCUCUAAAGAAUUAUAAAGUUGACAGCCGCCAUAGAUAAACGUUUAUAUAUACGAGACAUAUCAUCAACGUAUAACAAAAUUAUGUUAACUGAAAACAAUGCUAAAAAAUGCCUAAUGACAAGUGACGUUUCCAAUAAGUAUAUAUAAACAAACUUUCAAAUGUUUCGUUAAUUAUUGAAAUUUUUGUUUAAUAACAAGACGAGUUCAUUUAGAAACGCGAAAUUUAUUGUUUCGUAGCUUCGUAGAAAAUAAUUUAUAACGUUGGGAAAACGAGGGCAAUAAUUUUAUAAAAUACGGGCAACAAAAAGUUUUAUAUAAUGGUGCUAGACAUUGUUAAGGAUUUAAGGACGAUCCAGCGCAUAUGUGACAAUUAUAUUAAUAAAUAUGUGAGAAAAUGUUGGUUGAGUGUGUAUUUAAAUGCUUGUCCUGGAAUCCUAGUGUCAGUUGGUAAUUUUGCUUUCAAAUAAUUAUAUUCAGGUUAUUUUAAUAUAUAAUAAAUAUCCUGAACUUUUGCGUGAUUGCCAACACUGAAGCAUCUACGCUUGUCUCUAAAAUACCAUUUUAUUAGACAAUCUAGUAUGAUAUUGCAAUAUUUUUGUAAGUUAUUUAACGCUAAACGCUAUUAAAAAUAUAAGUUCAAGUGGCCAGAAA